UCCUCCUCCUCCUCCUUCUCCUGUCUGCCAUCCGCUCCUAGCCCGGUCUAUUCGCUGACUCAGUGCCUUAAGCAGCAUCGCCGUUCACCUGAAGAGAGCUACAGCAUCCUCUGCGGAGAGAAAGAAAAUACAUCAGCCAUGGCUAAAACAGCAACCGCUUAUAAAGAGAAGAUGAAGGAGCUGUCCGUCCUCUCCCUCAUCUGCUCCUGCUUCUACUCCGAGCCACGCAACAAGCUCAAGCAAGAGUUUGAAGACAUGCAGGUGAAACCGAUAAACAAGCGGGCCUCAGGCCAGGCGUUUGAGGUGAUCCUCAAGCCUCCGUCUCCAGUGUCAGAUUUAACCCACAACUUCCCCUCACCUCCCAAGAGGGACAUCUCCCUGGAGGACAUCGAGAAGAAACUGGAGGCUGCUGAAGAUCGGAGGAGGUAUCAGGAGGCCCAGGUGCUGAGGGCUUUGGCAGAGAAGCGAGAGCACGAGAGGGAUGUUUUGCUAAAGGCCAUGGAGGAGAACAGCAACUUCAGCAAGAUGGCAGAGGAGAAGCUCCAGAUGAAGAUGGAGCAAAUCAAGGAGAACCGUGACGCCCAUCUGGCAGCCAUGCUGGAGCGUCUCCAGGAGAAGGAGAAACAUGCAGCUUUGGUGCGCAAGAACAAAGAGCUGAGGGAAGAGCUGACAGCAUGAGCCUCACUCAAGUUCUGACUUCCAUGGUCCAUCAACAUCCCUCCAUCCAGUCCCGCCCCCUUCAUCGCCCCCGCCCUCACCUUCCUCAGAUCGGACACCCAACCCUGGAGGCCGAGAGGUUCGAGGACCUCACCACCACAUCACACCACUCCACACCACCAGUACUCACCACUAUCAGUAUUAUCAGUGGAUACAAAAGUCAAUAACACUCAUCUUGAGAAUGGAUUUGUUGAUUUUGGGGGGAAAAUGUGAGAAAAUGGCUUUUAUUUUGUAAAUACUUUUUUCUUAAAGUCUAUCUAUCUAUCUAUCUAUCUAUCUAUCUAUCUAUCUAUCUAUCUAUCUAUCUAUCUAUCUAUCUAUCUAUCUAUCUAUCUAUCUAUCUAUCUAUCUAUCUAUCUAUCUAUCUUUGGUGGGUGUAGUACAUACAAACUGCUGUACUGUGCUUCACUGUACGAAUUCAAACAUUUUGUUUGUGAUUAAUUCAUGUUUCAGUUCUUGGAAUUUCUUGACUCUGCAACCAUUUUUCUUGUGAAAGCCGUCGGUGUUGUGAGUUUGGCUGUAGACUGACCUUUUGCGGUGUUUCCUGAUGAUGUCAUAAUGAUGAUGAUGAUGAUGACGACGAUGAUGAUAACGUUUACUGUGUCUUUGUGAAGAAUGACGGUUGGUGUACCUAGGCUACAGACUCCCCUCAAGAUAUCCCACCUGUAUCUUCCUCACGCACACCUACUCAUUCUCAACGCGCACGCUCGGAACUUAAUAUGCCAAAACCCACAGAUCCAUAAAAGCGUCCACUUCCUCUGAAAUGAGCUUGAUAACGAACUCGAUAGGUGCUUUAUUGUUACUGAGAAUGUCUUUGCCCAGUGAGAGCAACUGUUUCUACACUCGCAGAUUCCCACUUACCCCGACAGCUUUACUUCUCAAUGAAUCCGUCUCCGGCCAAAUCAAUAGCUACACAGUAAUUGGGGAUUAAUCUCUUGAAUGUGAUGACAACUUACUGGUACCAUGCAUAUUGUCUUGGACAGUGGAAUGUGCUGUUUUAUCCGCCCCACUCCGCUGCCCCACCUUGAUAUUGACGGUGUGAACAUAACAUAUGUCCGCGUGGGUGUGUGUGAAUGCAAACUUACCACGAAGCAUCACUUAGACUCUGCUCUCUGUAGGGAACUAGAUGGAGAAUGGACGCGGGAUGCUUUAUGUUCAGCACACCGAACCGAACGAGUCUCUUUUUAAAAUAUCCAGUCCCACCGAUAUCUGCCUGCAUCCUCUGCUGCUUGUGUUUCUCCCUUCAUAUAUUUCUCUGUGAAAAAAGCUUUGCUGAAUAAAGGUUUGGGGUUCUGUGAACAUGGCAUGCACCAUCUAAUACUUUUUCUGUGCUAAAAAGAGGAGGGAAAAUGUAAACUGCCAAAUAAAAGAACCAGUUAUCUACACAUCCUGAGAAUCACA